AUGCUACCCAAGAACUACCAGCAUAUCCUGGCCUUUGUGUUUGCUGUUCACGAGAUUAAUGGGAAUUCAAAGCUCUUGCCCAACUUCACUCUGGGUUUUCGCAUAACUGACAACUAUUAUUUUGGAAGAACAACCUAUGCAACCACGUUGCAGUUGUUGAGUGAACGAGGGAGAUGGACUCCUAAUUACAAGUGUGACACUCAAGAAAAACUGUGGGCCAUCAUUGGGGGACUCAACUCUGAGACCUCCAUUCUGAUGUCAAAUAUCAUUGCCAUCUACAAGGUGCCACAGCUCAGUUAUGGUUCAUUUAAUGCAGCUCUGAGUGAUAAAAGCCUGUUCCCCUUCUUCUAUCGGAUGGUCCCAAAUGAAGACUCACAAUAUAAAGGAAUAAUCCAGCUCCUGCUGCAUUUCAAAUGGAAGUGGAUUGGCCUAGUUGCUCCAAACAACGAUGGUGGAGAAACAUUUGUGCAUAGUUUGAUGGUUCUGCUUACUGAGCAUAGCAUUUGUGCAGCUUUCACUCAGUGGAUCCCAGUAACAUUCACAAGCACUGGAAAAGGUAUUUUAAUGUAUAUGGAAAAAAUAAGUAGUUUUUUCUCAAAAAGCAAAGUCAAUGUGAUUGUUGUAAAUGGAGAGGUACAAGCCCUAUUUUUAUUGUCCAUAUGGCUAGAUAAGCAAGGCAGAAAUGAGAGUCGUAUUGGGAAAGUUUGGGUCAUGACUGCCCAGUGGGAUUUUACAGCUGUGAAUUCUCGGGGUCUCUUGUUUCUUAGACCCUUUCAUGGUGCUUUGUCUUUCACAAUUCACACCAAUGAAGUGCCUGGAUUCCAGGAUUUUCUACAGAGUCUGGAUCCUCAGCAACCCAAUGGUGACAUCUUCCUUCAGGAUUUUUACAACUAUGCCAUUCGAAACCUUCAAUAUUCUGGUCUGGACUCCUUAGAAGUAAACAUCACUUGGACAAAGCUGAUGGCUCUGCUUCCAGGCGCACACUUUGAGACUACCGUGACAGGCCAAAGCUAUAGUACUUACAAUGCUGUCCAUGUUGCAGCUCGUGCUUUAGAUGAAAUGUACUCAUCCCGACAUAUUCAGAAAAUUUCAAGAAAAAGAGACCAAGGGAAAUUGCAGAAUAUGCCACAAUGGCAGCUUCACCAUUUCUUGAGAACCAUCAGGUUUAACAACAAUGCUGGGGAUGAAAUCUCUUUCAAUGAAAACCAAGAUUGGGUGGCUGGAUAUGACAUUGUGAAUUGCAUUGUAUUCCCCAAUGAGUCCUUUACUCGAGUGAAAGUUGGAAGAAUGGACCCCCAGCCUUGGACGGGGCAGGUGUUCUUGAUUAAAGAUGAUAUGAUCACAUGGAACAAAUGGUUCAAUCAAACACAGCCUCGUUCUCUAUGCUCGGAAAUGUGCCUUUCUGGAUAUAGAAAGAAAGAGCAGGAAGGGGAGCCAGUUUGCUGCUAUCAGUGCACUCAAUGUCCAGGGUGGAUGAUUUCAAACCAGUCAGAUGCAGGUCACUGUGACAAAUGCCCAGAUGACAAGCAUGCCAACCACAAACAGGACCAGUGCAUUCCCAAAACUAUAUACUUCCUUUCCAUCAAUGACACUUUGGGAAUUGUUUCUGUUUUCAACUCCCUUUGCUUGUCUAUCAUCACAGGCCUGAUAUUGGUAAUAUUUGUUAAAUAUCAGGACACUCCAAUCAUCAAAGCUAACAAUAGAGAUAUCACCUACAUUCUCCUCAUCUCCCUCCUGCUCUCUUUCCUCUGCUCCUUGCUCUUUAUUGGACAGCCCAACAAGGUCACCUGCCUUCUCCGACAAACAACAUUUCUUCUUGUCUUCUCUGUUGCAGUUUCUUCUGUGUUGGCUAAAACCAUCACUGUUAUUAUGGCUUUCAAGGCCACAAAACCAGGAAGCCAGAUGAGGAAAUGGCUGAGGAAGAGAGUCACAAACUCUACUGUGAUCUUCUGUUCCCUUGGUCAACUUGGAAUAUGUGCUAUCUGGCUAGCAACAAACCCUCCCUUCCCUGAGUUAGACAUGCAGUCCCAAAGCAGAGAGAUCAUAGUUCAGUGUCAUGAGGGCUCCGUCACCAUGUUUUAUUGUGCCCUCAGCUACAUGGGCUUCUUGGCCAUGGUCAGUUUUCUUGUAGCUUUCUUAGCAAGGAACUUGCCAGAUAGCUUUAAUGAAGCCAAGUUCAUUUUCUUCAGCAUGUUGGUGUUUUGCAGUGUUUGGGUAUGUUUUGUUCCCACUUACCUGAGCGCCAAAGGGACGUAUAUGGUAGCUGUGGAGAUCUUCUCCAUCUUGGCAUCUGGGACAGGAUUGCUCAGCUGUAUCUUUUUCCCCAAAUGUUACAUUAUUAUACUAAAACCCAGUCUUAACUCUAAAAUACACAUUCUGUCUAAAUGGGGUUAA